AUGGCAAUGAGUGACGAAUUUGAUGCCCUAAUGAGAAAUGGGACAUGGAAAUUCAUAUCACCCUCACCCACUCUCAAUGUGGUUGGUAACAAAUGGGUAUUCAGAAUCAAAAGAAAUGCUGAUGGAACGGUCUCUAGAUACAAAGCUCAUCUAGUAGCAAAAGGUUUCAACUCCUCCAAAGCAGAUACAUCAUUGUAUGUUCGACACAAGAAUAGCCUACUCAUAUAUAUUCUGGUCUACAUUGAUGAUAUAAUCAUCACUGGUACAAUUGCACAGGAAGUACAAACUGUUACUCGUCAAUUAGCAAAUGAGUUUGCUAUCAAAGAUCUUAGCACUUUACACUAUUUUCUUGGUAUAGAGGCAACAAGAUCCUCUUCAGGACUUUAUCUAUCUCAAACCAAGUAUGCCCUGGAUCUUUUGAAAAAGACGAAUAUGGAGGCAGCAAAGCCUAUGUCCUCACCAAGUUCCACCUCACAUUUGUCUCGCACCUGUGGACAACCGUUUUCAGAUCCAACUCUUUACAGGAGCACAGUAGGCUCCUUACAGUACUUAACCUUGACCAGAUUAGACAUACCCUAUUCGGUUAACAAGGUUUGUCAGUACAUGCAUUCCCCUACCACAGAGCAUUGGGUUGCAAUCAAACGCAUACUGUGUUAUAUCAAGGACACACUGGAUCUUGGUAUUUAUCUUUGUGUCUCUUCCUCCUUACAUCUCAGUGCAUAUACAGAUGCAGAUUGGACUGGUUGCUCAGAUGAUCGUCUCUCAACAGGUGGUUACUGCAUAUAUCUAGGCGAUAACCUGGUCUAUUGGGGUUCAAAGAAGCAACACACAGUUGCAAGGACCUCUCCAGAAUCUAAGUAUAAAGCUUUGGCAAAUGCCUCUGCCGAACUCAUAUGGGUACAACAGUUAUUGGCAGAUCUUGGUGUUUCAAGUCCAGUUCCUCUUCUAUGCUGUGAUAAUAUUGGAGCCACGUAUCUUGCAGCAAAUCCUUUGUUCGAGAACAUGUAG